UAUCAUAAAAUGUGUGUAUUCGUUCACAAUUUGCUCUAGGCUGACAAAAGUUCUCAAUGGCUACCGCCGUUCUUCUUGCAGAGGACGCGGAGGGGACCCUGUCCCUCUGUGACAUGCACACGGGUGGUCGUCACUCACAGGCAUUACGUGGAAGUGCAGGAACAGUGGCAUGUCGUGGUGUUGCACGACUGGGCUCUGACUACGUGGUGGCUGCGUACAAGGAGAAACCGGUACUGCACGUAUGGACUUGGUUAAAGCACGCCCAACCAACAAUUCGUAUCCCUCUGCCCGGCAAGGCAUUGGCAGUCGCAUGUACUCCGUGUGGAACAUAUUGUCUGUGCGGCAUCGGUUCAUCAAUAUAUGUGUGGCAGAUUGCAUCAGGGCGCCUUCUAGCAGUUGUUUCCCAUCACUUCCAGCCGGUGAGCGUGCUGCGCUUCACCGACGAUGGCGCGCUUUUCCUCUCAGGCGGCCAAGAUGGGCACGUGCAUGUGUGGGGUCUUGGCAGCAUUCUUAGCCAGUGUCACCGCGGCGAGGUGCCCAGCCCGCUCAAGUCCUGGCGGGACCAUUCCCGGCCUGUCACUGACAUCUACUGUGGCACAGGAGCUGCCCGGGCUCGUGUAUUCACUACAGCGAAAGAUGGGACGUGUCAGGUGUAUGAACUCAGCACAGGACAGCGCCUCUGCACGCUGAUUUUCGAGUCGCCGUUGCUGGCGUUGGCCCUGGACUCCAUGGAACUGUACCUAUUUGGCGCGGAAGAAAAGGGUCACCUCAUUCGCAAAGUUAACAUGUACCGCACGACAAGUGGCCCUCAGAAGGCACAAAGUGAGACCAGCGAGGACGACCAAGCAAGACAGUCACCGAAAAUGGUGUGCACUGGACACACGGGAUCUGUAACGUGUUUGUCGCUAUCCCCGGACGGUACAACCCUGCUGUCUGCCUCGAAUGAUGGUACAGCACGCCUGUGGCAAGUCAGCACGUGUGCAUGCCUUCUCGUGUUUGAACGGAAGGGACCCGUGAGCUUUGGCUGCUUCACUUCGCUACCUGGUGUCCUGUGGAACCGGCAGCCCGGGGCACGCGUGAAUACGGAUUACCUACCUCCUCUAGCUCUCUUCCAGCGGCAACUUGCAACUACUUCUGGCACGUCUUCUUCUAUUGCAGCACUCGACAAUUGUCCAGUGCGCCUCCAUGGCCAAGCUCAGUCAAAGGCUGGGACGAAGCUGGCGUUACAAGGCAAAGAAAGAAGCGACUACUGGAAGACGUACUGGUGGUCUUGCUGCAGGGCCAACGAAAAGAGCAAGAAAGAGGCAGGCAACACCGAAGCGAUCAAGUCCAGUGCGCUUGUCAAGCAACUGCAGCAGGAACUUGCGGAGAUGCGCAAGCUCAACCGCAGGCUACUGCGGGAUGAGGUUCGCUCUGUUCUUUCAUCACUGGAUCAACCGCAGUCUGCAUCCAACAACGGCUGAUGACCUGGAUGGGAAGUAUCAUGGUAGAUCUACAUGCUAUGCUGUCUCUAAGCUUUGCGAUGCUGCUUCAAAUAGGCAGUUUAUCAUUGUCAUAUUCAGCAAUCCCGUGUGUGUGGAUGGAAUGUACAAUGUUAGAUUGCUGCUGGCCAUAACCAGCAAACUGCAACAUCGGGCUUCGGCUGUCACAGAUCCAUUGGCAGAGAGACAGCCACACACUGCACACUACUGACUUGAUGCCAUUGCCUCAUUGUUCAGAAGUCACCACACUGAAGGAAGAAUAGCAGAAGUAAACAGAACUGGUGCAGUCGAUUGGCAGCAACGAAUUGCUUCUUCUUUUCAUUCGACGAAUUUGAUAUUUGUGCCAGGUAACAAUGCAAGAAAAGAGUCAGAGAGCAGGAAAACUAAUUUAUUCUGCACUCACCAGUGCCGUGCUGCUUAUACUAUUAUGUGAUGUGAUGCUCAGAAUAUCACCACGUGCACAAAUAUUGACUUAUUCCCGUAGCUAUGCAAUCUAGUGGCCAAAAAAUCAGAAAAAAACUUGUACUUCAGCUGGUGAAGUUCAAAUAUCCCACCUUUAUCCCCUAAGCUCAAAUGUUCCUGUAUUAUUGAUGAAGGAGUGGCACAUGCUCACUUGGAGUGGCGUUUGAAAAGUGCCGCAACUGUUCAUGACGAAUUAGAGCAUGCUCAAUUGUCUCUUCUCAUAAAAUUAGAAUAUUUUCUGUACGCCGUUUUUUCAGGUGUAGUUUUGGGGCACAUACGUGUAGGUAUCACUCUAAUUUCUCAUGCAUUCGAAAAAAUAAAGCUUUGGUCUUUCA